GGACUAUUCAGGGAAACAGCGGAAGUAACAUAGAUAUGGUGUUUAUAGGCAUUCACUGGAAUACGUGUCAUAAGUGAAAGAGAAGCCUUGUUCAAUUCAACAAACCGUGGAAUUGUCCGAAGAAAUCGAGAGGACUACGGCGAUGAGUGGUAACCACAACUGUGUAGAGCCGACUAUUGGACACUUGAAUUGCACACUAGGUCAGUUUCGAUUUGUUUUUCGAUUUUGCCCUAGCCUCUUCACGCGUGGGUUCGUAGAUUUAAGCACGGUUUUAUGAACAUUUAUAAACAGUUGUCUCAAGGGCUGGACAGUAUACUCAGCAAUUCAAAAACUUAAAAAUGCUAUCACAGGCGACCUGAAUCAGCACGGGCUGUAUACUGGAGUAUUCCCAUUUUUUCUCAUGCAUUGAUGUAAAUUAAAGGCCAGCUGAGAACUGAUAUGUUAUCUUUAUCGUCUUCUUUUCUUUCUAGAGGAAGUGGAGGAAGUGUUCCUUCCAGAGGCGGUAAUCGUCUUCUCGCUUUGUCCAUUGACAGUUACUUUAAACGCUUCAGUUAUACUGGUAAUCUGGAAAGAUCCAUACAAGGAGCUCAGGGGAACAGCCGUCAACUACUUCAUUUUAAAUCUUGCUGUAUGUGAUUUACUCAUCGGCUUUCCAGGCGAACUUCUGUUUGGACUUAUUUACUGGUUUCCUGACAAUCAUAUGCUGAGAGCCGUAUAUUCUAUCAACCAAGUAGCGUUUCUUGCUUCGAUUUUUACGAUCCUUGGCCUUGCUAUCGAACGACUGAUUGUUAUCACUUUCCCCCUCAUAAGAGUCAAACUAGCGACUUGUAACAGAUACCUUUGCUUUGUAGCAAUAUGGUCAUUCGCUCUAAUCUUGGCCCUGCCUGUUAGCAUCAAACAAAGGGACUUCUUGUUUUUGAAAGCAUAUGCAACUUCUCUUUAUGACUUUAUUGGCAUCCCGAUAACACUAGUAGUUUUUAGUUGCUACACGCGAAUUUAUAUUUUGGUAAAAAGACAGUUGUAUCGGAGUGUGGCGACUUCAGGGGAAAGGUUAUUAGAAGGGCAAUCUUUGACAGAAAAGUCUCCUCUCAUACAAAAAAUAAAAACGAAGGAGAGAAAUGUUGCGUUUACGGCAUUCAUAUUAGUUUUGUUAUUUAUGGCUUGCUGGUGUCCUAUGAUCGUCGUCGUAAACAUCGAUGCAUGGUGUAGUACUUGUCUUUGCAAAUCCAAUUUAUCUCGGCAGUGUGUGGUUUGUUUGAUGUUUCUGCACCCACUGCUAAACCCGAUUGCCUACUCAUUACGUACUGCUAGGUUUCGAAAAGCCUUUAAGAGAGUUAUCAGAAAAAGUACUUUUUGACCUGAGCUAUCAAGACAAUGCAUCUGUAAAAGUACGAGCUGUCGCGGAAAGAACAGCAAGACUGCAAGAUGAAAGCAGCCUCUAUAUUUUUGUCUGUUUGAUUUGCAAUAAGCUAUGGCCUUAAAAAUAAUAAUAAUAGUAAUAAUAAUACAAACCAAGUACCUAUACAGGCAUAAUGCAACUUUGAAGAUUCUGUUUUUUUGAGCUCCUGCGAGAGCAUGGGUUAAUAGAAGAGGUUCCACCAUGGUAGUCACCGGUGAUGCCAAAACCAGCUUACCAGAACACCACGAGUGAGGCGUUUUGGGGUAUUUCCAUCCAUGCAGAGCACAACGAAGUUAGAGCAAAUCGGAUCCACGCGCGACUUGUCAGCCACGAGAGGAAAGAAGUCUGAAGCAGAGGUACAAUGGUUACGGGGUUGAACAGUACAACGUAAUAAUUGACGUACUGGGUGGUUACUCUAAACACCUAGAGAAGUCGGUGAGGAAGCUACUUGGUGCGAGAGCACGGAGCGUACUUGAGCGGAUGCCGCGGAAGUCGGUCAAUCUCAAACACUUGGAGCAUUGCCGAACAUUUAAGAUAAAUACUUAGUUAGGGCGCUAAGGACUCCAGUUUUUAGGGUUUUUUUUCUCGCGAAAUCCAGAAACACAAGUUUGCUGAUGUUUUUACUAAGAUUUUUUAGAGUAUUAGGGUUUGAUAUUAUGAUGGCCUUGUUUAGGUAUAUAAGAGAUAAUGAGAGUAAAAAAAAAGUAUAAAAACUGAAUAAUUUUCUAAAUAGGCUUCUAGAAGAGAUAAUUAUAUCAUCAUGUCUUUGCGUAGGCUUUACAGAGAAUAAGAAUUUAAUAAUAUUCUAAAUUGGCUUUUUAAGUAAAGAGAUUCAUAUCAUUCUGUAUAUUAGGAUCGUAUCAGGUUUCUUACCGACCUUUUUUUACUUCUAAGUAGCUUCUGAAGUGGUGUAGGUUACGUUAUGCGCCCUAUACUACUCAUAAUGUGGACAGCAUUCCAAAGUUU